UGGAUUUUCCUUGGUUUCCUCUGGCGUCCGUCCCAUCUCCCAUGGAGCAAAAGGGGGUAGAUUCUCGCGGGAUAAAUUCGAGUGCCUUGGAGCCACUUUUGCAGCAGCCUUUCUUCUCGCCUUUCUCAUCCGGAGGAGCAUAAGCAUAAAGCAGCUUAGGUUCUCUUAUCCGGGACCGUAAAAUUCGGUAUCUUUCUUUUGUGGGGAGAAAGCGGGGAAGAAUCGCUGGGUGGGUGGAGCGUGGAGGAGGCUCUUGGCAGCGGCCGCCGGCCAUGGAGAAUAGGAAGAGGGUUCUGGAGCUGCGUGACCGGCUGGACCGGACGCUGGCGCUGCCCGACCUCGCGGACGAGGCCUCGCUCAGGGCGCUGGUGAAGAAGCAGAUUCUGGCGUCGUCUCUGCCCGGCUCCGAUGAAGGUGAUAUUGACCUUAUUGCUGAAGCACGGACCAAAGAAGUCUCGGAAUUUCUUGAAAUGCUAACUACUUCGGGAGAUGGACGAUCUUCGAAGGUUCACGGGACGCCGCAGAAGGAGUGGAAGGUUAAGCAAGAUACAAGCCAAUUACGAGUCAUGUAUCGUGAGGGCCCAGAGGGGACCCCAUUUCACACUCUUCUUGCUGAAGGCUUUGCUGACGGACCUAUUGAUGUUUGCACAUGUGUGUCAUGGGAAGCAGGUCUAUAUAAAAAAUGGUUUCCACAAUACAACUUUCCAACUUUUAAAAUUGAUCAGUCAGGCUGCUUGAAAAAGGUUCGGAUUGGUGAAGAGAUUUCUUUGGUCAGUGUGAAGGUUCCAUGGCCGGUUUCUGAGAGAGAGGCUCUUCUACACUACUUUGAAUUGGAGUAUCUUAAAGAAGAUGUCGUCAUUGUAAUCAUGAAAACUAUAUCAGAUUUGGAUAGUAUAAAUAUACGUACACAUGGAUUUAGUAGGGAUGGAAUUCCUGAAGCUGGUGACACGGUUCGGAUAGAUGUAUUUGGAGGCUUUGUCUUGCAAAGGAUUACAAAGGAUAAAAGCUUUUUCAGGGCAAUAGCUAAUAUGGAUAUUAAGCUAGACUUUGUUCCACCAUGGUUGAUCAACUUCAUAUCAAGACAGCUAAUUGGCAGCGGGCAUAAGCUGUAUCAGAAGGCCGUUAGCACUGUGGCCAGUUGUGAUGAGGACUACAAGAAAGCUUUGAGAGCACCACUCUAUGUUAGGAUCCGUGAAUACCAGCAUUCUGACGACAAGGCAAAAGUGACUGCAACCGAGGAAAAUGCUACCGAAGCGCCCCCUGAUAAUCCCACUGUACAGAAUCGUCUGGCAGUUACAAAUAGUACAUCAAACAGUGAGAUUGUCGAGGAGGAGAGCGAACAAAACACAUUCUUCAACGUGGAUAAUCUUCAAACUGAGCAAGUGCAACAGGUUGAAAAUAAAUCUUUUAUCAGUCCUGAGGUAGAGCAGGCAUUGGGCAUAUUGGACACCGCUAUUGCAAUUCUCCGAGGCAACAAGACCGGAAACAUCAGCACGCUACAAAAUUUGCUCAGUUAUGAUGCAACUUUGGAAGACAGUACAGUUGGUUCGAAAAAUUCACAAACUAACAUUCUCAAUUCAGAUAAUCUUCCGAAUGGACAUCCUACUAUACCACCACAGGACUCCAGAGAGAUCCUGCAAGCAUAUUCAUUGUCCAAUGAGAAAGCUAGCGAUAGGGUGGAACACGUUAUCAACAACGAUCCUCUUGAAAAUUCGAUAGCUUCUACUGUAACAAAGACUACGUCCAUGACAUUGAGGAGCACAACGAGGGUGCACGGAGAAGAGACCCUAAACACCAAUGGCUUCCAUCAGAACGGUUUCCGCAACAACAAAGAGUCGAAGCAAGCAAGAAAGACCAAGAGGUGGCUUUGCUGCUUAACCCCUACCACCAUAGGAUGAUGAGAGCUCAUUUUAGGAGCCCUUUGAAGUUGAUUCUUAAUUUUUGGGUGUAUAACAGAACAGAAAGUAGUAAAUUACAGAAAUUUGGUGGUUCGUCAAUUACAUGGGUAUCAAAUGGCACAACUCAGGAGGCAGUUUCUUGCUGUCAUUACUCAUUAGCGAGUAGAUAAUAUAUUUGGUAAAUGUAUUGUAGUAUUGUUGUAACAGUAUGUAAUAUUUUUCAUGAGGGUUCAAUUUUGGGGUUCUAGUUAAGUACAAAUAUUAUUUACAUACCAUGACAUUCCGUGAACUUUUCCGAGUUGAGCAUUAUAAGUUUCCA